ACAUGAGCCGCGCGUGUUUGUUAGGGCUCUUCGUGUCCGUUUCUUUCUCGAAAUUGAUCUCUCGUAACUCAUCGACUCGUCGAUGCUCGAUUUAUUAAAACUAUUAUACGGCCUGUCCGAUCGAAACGAUUUAUUUUUCACACGAAUCAUUCCAUGAUCGGAUAAUAUUAUCGAUCGAAUUUAUAUAAAUAUAUGUGAACGAAAUGCGAUUACUAGAUACGAUUGUUUAUUGUUUUUCUUUUUUUUUUUCUUUCUUUUUUUCUUUUUCUUUCUUAAAUCAAGUGCGUAAACAUACGUGCGUAGGACGAUACGGUGCUCCGGAGUGAAGAGAAUUUUAGUGUUAUAUACCGACUCGUUCGUUUCUUCGAACUUGUUUCUUUUUUCCUUUCGUCUCCUACUUCUUCUACUUCUACUUCUACUUUUCGAUCGAUCUUCUGUCGGCGAACACGACCAAGUUUUUCUUUCCAAGGAUAAGUUGAAUAUCGUCGAAAAACAGGUCGAAACACGACGCUGACAAGACAAGCACGGUGUAACGAACUGUAUGGAUGAUAACAGUGUAAGUGCGGUGGGGUUAAAGUGCCAGCCCGUUUAUGGAUAACUACGAUCGGUCGAUCGAAUUUACGAAUGCCAGAUCGAAGAGGACUCGGCGGGUAGAGUGACGAGUGCCGUGACGUGUUCGUUUCACGUAUCGAUAUAUCAUCGAUCGAUCGCGUUCAUUUUUACACUUGGUGUUAAAUAAAAUGAACGAAUGACCUCGUCGGCGAUAUAUACGAAAUGAGGCCGAAAUCGUGCUCCCUGUUUCUCUUGUUCUGCGUCCUGUUGCCUGGCGUCGUGCGUCCCUUCACGUCCGGAGAAGAAGGCGAGGACGCGGCGGAGGACGAGGAUUCUUAUCUCCUCGAGGAGGAUGACGUGCCUUCGGCUACCAUCGCCAGUGACACCGAACUCAUAUCGGAAGGUGGCGGACACCUUCCGGUAUUUCUAACGGAACCGGUCGACUCGUUCGUCGUUAAGAACAAACCCGCCACUCUUCGUUGCAAAGCGGCACACGCGUUGCAAAUAUAUUUCCGUUGUAACAACGACAGAGCGGAUGACUCGGUUCAACAAGACUUUGUCGAUCCUCACACGGGAACUAGGAUCGUCGAUUGCGAGUUGAACGUUACCAGGGACCACAUCGAGGAGUAUUUCGGAAAAGACAAGUUCAAGUGCGAGUGCAUCGCUUGGUCUGGCUCGGGACAGAUCAAGAGUCAGCCAGCAGUGAUCGAUGUUGCUUAUCUGAAGAAGCAAUUCGAGUCACCGCCGUACUCUGUUUCGGUCGAAGCUGGUCACAGCACCGAACUUCGAUGUCUGGCACCGCUCGGCGUGCCACCGCCAAGAGUCUAUUGGCUGAGAAACAACGUUCCAGUUGAUGCCGACUCGGACACUCUUCUGGUGUCCAGCGAAGGACAUCUUCUCGUUGGCCAAGCAAAACUCAGCCAUCAGGCUAAUUACACAUGUGUGGCUGAGAAUAUCGCGGCAAAGCGGUUAAGCGAUCCAGUUAGCCUAACAGUAUACCUGAACGGUGGUUGGUCUUCCUGGUCUGCCUGGUCGGAAUGUCAUUCGAGAUGUGCGAAAGGUGGCCAGAAGAGAACGAGAACGUGCACGAAUCCGGUACCUAUGAACGGUGGUCAACCUUGUCUUGGUCCAAGUCAGCAGAAAAUGGAUUGCAACACUGCUUGUCCUGCUGCUUAUGUCGGAACAGCGGGCGCAUUGGAGGAAUUCACCAACACUAUGGUCGUCGACGGUGGAUGGUCCAGAUGGUCGGCGUGGUCCAUAUGCGGGAGCGACUGCACGCACACCAGAAGGAGAUCGUGCGACGAGCCGCCUCCGAGCCACGGUGGCCGUUCAUGUCAGGGCAAAGACAUAAGCGUGGCCAAUUGCACCGGCGGCAUAUGCAACGUUGGCAACGCGAAGAUGGGUGGCGCGCAUUUGACAGAAGAAGCGAAUCGUCAGAUGGACGUUGCUCUUUAUAUCGGAUUAACCGUGGCUUGCAUAGUCAUCGGUGGAUUAGCGUUUUUCUUGGCAAGACUUUUACGAAGAAAAGGCCGAGAUCAUUCUCUUUACUCCAUGGCACGCAAUGAAUUCCAGCCGGAGUUCUUCCCGGACCAGGACAAGAAGUUGAGCCUACAACCGGACGUGACGGCGACGAGCGUGCCGGCCUGUUACGAGUAUCCUUUCGACCCGAAGCUGUCGAUGUCGAGAUCCCUCUCGGAGCACCAUUACGACGUACCGCACCUAUCGAUCGCCCCUCAACCAUCCCCGAUGUCACCGACUCCUUCGACAUCGACGCAAGAGUCCUGCAGCGACAAGCAGAUUCAUUCCGACAGCGAGAACAGCGUCACUAGUUCAUACCCAUCCUCGGACUCCACUUACAACGUUGCCUCCGAAAGCGUCAGGUUGCCUAAGCUCGAAGCUGGAAACGUAGCGAGAGCUGCGGUUAACACUCGAGGUGCGUUGUUGGUCCUUCCGGAUUCUGGUAUUUCCAUGUCGGUACCCGAAGGAGCAGUACCGAAAACUCAUAGAGAGGAACUCUAUCUGGCGGUUCUCAACGAGGAUCGCUUUAGGCCUAGAUUACCUGACGGUAUAACGCAGCUAUCGGCGGUGGUGACCUGUGGCCCAUCUAGGGCAUCCUUCAACAAACCUGUGAUCCUACAAUUCGAACAUUGUGCAAUGUUGCAUCCCGCGACCUGGGAGCUGAGCGUAUGGGCCUCGGACAAUCUAAACGUCGAGGAGAGCUCGUCGAUGUCGUCGACGAAGGAUCAUCAGGUGGUGACGUGGAGCAGAGUGUUGACGUUGGGCAACGAAACGAUCAACACGCCGCUCUUCACGCAGCUCGAUCACGCGGAAGCGUUUAUCGUGACGGAGCAACUCAGAGGCUACGUUCUCGCAGGUCAGAGUUGCGAGAACUCGAUAGCCACUAAGAGACUGAGAUUGGCAUUGUUCGCUAGCCAAACUGGCCAGUGUUGCGUCAGGGUCUACGCCGUUGAGGACACGAAGGCUGCCACAAAGGCGAUCGUUGACAGGGAGUCGCAAAUCAGAGGCUACUUGUUGGACAAGCCACGCACACUCAUGUUCCAAGACAACGGGGAUCCUCUUUGCGUUAGUCUCGAGGAAGUCGGCAACGAAUGGCAGAGCAAAUCGCCGACCGAGCGUCAAGAGCUAUCCUUCAGAGACGUCUGGAACUGUCAGGAGAACACGAAACACGUGACCUUCGGUUUAGACACCGCCUUUGGCCCGACGACAACCAGAAGCUACAAGCUGCAGGUCUCGCAAGGCAAUUCCGACACGAGGCAAGUCUUCAGGAUCGUUUACGACGGCGCGAAACAACUGAUCUCCUCCGGCAGCGUUACCAGACCUCUCAGGGAAGUGACCGUCGUCAGCAGCGGACAUGCUAAUAACGCGACCACGGAUUCAACCGCCCUCAGACCGUUUCGGUUCACCAGGUCUCUCAGGAAACAACUCUGCCAGUGCCUCGACCCUCCUAACGCUUUGGGCAACGACUGGAGAAUGUUGGCUCAGAGACUGCAGGUUGACAGGUACAUAAACUACUUUGCAACUAAGUCGAGCCCGACGGAACACAUUCUCGAUUUAUGGGAAGCAAGGCAUAGAGAACCAACGGCGGUCACGGAUCUCUUGAAUCAUUUGAGAGUGAUGGGAAGGACCGAUGCUGCUACGAUCUUGGAAGCACAGCUUGGACCUUGGCUUUGAACGCGUUACCACGUCGAAUUGCUUUUACAAACGAAGUUACGUUCCCUUGGUCGGUGAGUGAUAGUUACGAACACGAUGGACGCCUACGAUCAUCGAAAUUGAUCCUCGAAAUAAUAAUAAUAAUAAUAAUAUUAAUAUUAAUAUUAAUAAUAAUAAUAAUGAUAAUAAUAAUAUUAAAUAGUAAUAUUAAAUGAUAAUAUUAAAUAAUAAUAAUAAUAAAUAAUUAUAAAAAGUAAUAAUUAUAAUAAUAAUAUUAAUAAUAAUAAUGAUAAUAAAAACAAAAAAUGAAAUAACGAUACGAAUACGCGAAUCGAUAUACGAUAUCGAUAUUGUCGGGUAUAAUAACGAAUGGAGAAGGAGCACGUGGUGGUUCUUCGAACGAACUCAUCGAAAACACUGCCUUAACACUUGUGUGUGUGUGCGCCUUUGCGCCGAAUUAACGCCAUUGUUAUUGUUGUAAAUAAGAGCGUAAUUUGCGAGGAAACGAACGAGAUGACCGUACGAGACGACCUAUCAUCCUGAAUUCUUGUCUCUUCUCUUCUCUUGUAAACGAUAGAGGAGAAGAAAAGAGGAGAAGGAAUAGAUCAAUUGACGGAAAGACGAUCUCGAAACGAACGGUCGGUUAAAGUGCCGUGUAUAAUCAUGGCUGAUAGCUAGCUAGAGACUGUGCAUUUAGAUGGAUAUAUGUGUACAUACAUACUAAGAGAUACGCGCGCAGAUACAGAUGGAUCAAUCCAUUUAGAAAGAUGAUGGAUGUUUAUAUAUAAAUAUGCAUACAUAUUUAUAUAUAUAUAUACACAUAUAUAUUUAUAUAUAAAAAUAUAUAUAUACAUAUAUGUAUAUAUAUGUAUAGGUAUUAUAUAUAUAUAUGCAAAUACUGCCGAGUGAAAAAAGAAAACAAAACGAAAGAAUGAUAAUUGGCGGCGAAAUGCAAAUGAAAAGAUAAAAAUAGAGAGAGAGAGAGAGAGAGAGAGAGAGAGAGAGAGAGAGAAGCUAAUGCCGCAUUUUGGCUAAUAAAAAAAAAAAAAACGUACUUUAUCUAUUUGUUACACGGAUAUACAGGAACGCGCGAGUGACCCGAUUGGUUUUUCAGAAAAUCGUGCCAAAAUUCUAGCUCUCUGUUUUUGCAAGCGUUCACACUUGCGUUGAUGUUUGCUUCGGACAAUUUAUAAAUCGCGUUCACUUUUUUAUAUACGUUUAUUGUAUAGAGGUACGACAAUACACGCGCGUGCGUAACGUAAAUGCACGUGCUCGCUCAUUAAUUAACGCGAUCGAGUUCAUAAGAGACGACGGAUAAUCGCGUGAAACGAACUAAUUACAGAGUAUAUGGUUUAAAUUGACGCAAUUUAUUUGGAAGGAUUGUAUAUUUGUUACUUUCGACGAAUAAAAUAUUCUUGUAUACCUCAGGCAUUCGAAAAAAAAAAGAAA